UAAUCUACCAUGCAUUAAGUGUUUACGAAGAUACACACUGACUGAGAACACCAGAAAAAUCUUCACCUCUCAAUUCACGGAGUUUAAAAGCAAUCAUUCAGCCAAGCAUCGUGCCUCUGGAUUAGCUGAUUAACAUUAAGCAACGGAGAACAAGAUUCAAAAUAUUUUUCUGUCCUCAAAUCGAGUUUGGUCUGAACAAUGAUCAAUUCUUCUGUUCAACCGACGAACAUUUUAGAUCAGGAUCCGUCUUGCUCUGAUGCGGUCACCACGUUAUUUACAGUACUUCUAUCCAUUGUAACACUGGCGGCCUUUAUCGGAAACUUUGUUGUUAUAGUAUCCUUCAUCAAAACCCCAAACCUUAAAACCAGUACUAAUUACUACAUAGUCAACAUGGCAGUGUCCGACCUUUUUUGCGCAUGCUUUAAUUGGCCGCUGUUCGCAGCUGAAGGAAUGUUGACGAGUCGGCAGUUUAUCAGUGAUCAUUUGGCUUCAGUUGUUUGCAAACUGGGAAUGUACUUCAGAGGAAUAUCACAAGUGGUAUCUGUGUUGAGCUUGGUUCUUAUCUCUGUGGACAGAUAUGUGGCUAUUGUGUUCCCAUUGAAGAUCGUAAUGUUGGAUCGUAGAGGACUGCGCCUUACUUUCUUGGUUCUUACAUGGAUUAUACCGAUAGUCUGUGGUUCUCCAUACGUGUUUUAUACGGAAGUUGUCAAAGUUGACGAUAAAACUUUCUGCAGAACUGUUUGGAGCAGAUUGCUGAAAGUUGUCUUUAACUUUAUAGGUUUUGUCAUAUUUUAUUGCGCACCGCUUUUUGUAAUGACAAUCCUUUAUGUUCGCGUGGUAAAAACUGUUAGGAAUCGUCCAAAUGCAGCAGAUAAGACACAAGACCAGAUGAACAGCAAGAGACAAAAACAGCAGCAGAAGAUCACGAAAAUAUUGAUAUCGAUUGUUGUAGCAUUUUUUGUCUGCUGGACGCCACUCUGUAUCUAUCUGUCGCUGAAAAUGUUUCAUCGGGACCUCUUCGCGAAAGACAAGUGCUUGGUUUUUCUAGCUUUGUUUUUCUACCUGUUUCCAUCUUUUAGUACAGCAAUCAACCCUGUCAUUCUGUUUUUAUUUAGUUCAAAUUACCACCAGGCAUUGAAGAACAUGAGCCUUCAGGUUUACUACUUCUUUUAUGAAAAAUUUCGUGUGAUUGGACAUGCUAAUAGGCGUGUCGGCUCAUCGCACGGACAGGGCAAAGUUGUUAUGACUGCGUAUGUGCGCGGAGAAACUGCUUCUACCAUUUGUGUCAAAUCCUAGUAAGAUUCCAUCGAGAGUUCGAUCAUUGUAGCAUCCAACAAACAAUAAAGAAAGAUGCUGUUUUGUCACAA